UGAAUCUCUCUCUCCAACCUCUGAGAGUGUUGAGGGAAAGAAAAAGGAAGCAAUGGCUAUGACCAGCGUGCUCUGCAUUGCCUUCAUUAUCUCUUUGACAUGCAUAGUUGAAGCUCGAAUUCCAGGGGUUUACUCUGGCGGUGCCUGGGAAAGUGCUCACGCUACCUUCUACGGAGGAUCCGAUGCUUCCGGCACCAUGGGGGGAGCGUGUGGGUAUGGGAAUCUGUACAGCCAAGGGUACGGAGUUAACACUGCGGCAUUGAGCACAGCGCUUUUCAACAAUGGAUUUAGCUGCGGUGCGUGUUUUGAGUUGAAGUGUGCAAACGACAAGCAGUGGUGUCACUCUGGAAGUCCUUCCAUUUUCAUUACUGCAACUAACUUUUGCCCUCCUAACUAUGCUCUUCCAAACGACAAUGGCGGUUGGUGUAACCCUCCUCGUCCUCACUUCGACCUAGCCAUGCCCAUGUUCCUUAAAAUUGCCGAAUAUCGUGCCGGCAUCGUCCCUGUUGCCUAUCGCCGGGUGCCAUGCAGAAAGCGAGGAGGAUUAAGGUUCACAAUCAACGGAUUCCGUUACUUCAACCUGGUGCUGAUUAGCAACGUGGCCGGUGCAGGGGAUAUCGUGCGCUCGUACGUGAAGGGCACUCGAACCGGGUGGAUGCCGAUGAGCCGGAACUGGGGUCAGAACUGGCAGUCAAACGCGGUUUUGGUGGGGCAAGCCCUGUCCUUCCGCGUCACGGGCAGUGACCGCCGCACUUCCACGUCUUGGAACAUUGCUCCAUCCAAUUGGCAAUUCGGUCAAACUUUCACCGGAAAGAAUUUCCGAGUGUGAGACUCCUCCAUCAAUAAUCAUCAUCACUCAUGUCAUCAACAUCAAUGACAUGCUUAUAUAUAUAGAUAUAUUUAAUUUAAAAAAUCUUUCUUUUCAUUUAGAUGGGUCGGUCAUCUUGACAUGGUGAAGAUAGUGAGUGAGUGACAACUUUUUAAUUGUGACUAGUGAUUGGUUUUUUCUUUCUAAUUGGUGAGUUUGAUAAUAUGUAAUGGGGGUGUGUGCGUGAGGUUAUAAUUUUAGUUUGUAUGGUAGACCAAAGUUGUAACAGGAAGGGAGAAGGGAAAGGUUGAGCCUAAUCCUAAAAGGAUGAAAGUGUAGGGAACGCUGAAGUGGCUAAAUCAAAAUGGUAGCCCGCAGCUAAGUUGUAUUUUUAUUUUUAUAGAACCAUGGUGUUAUAUAUAUAAUUUACAAUUUCCUCU